UUCCUGAUAUUUGGCCAUGGUAAAGCCAUUCAUCGUAUGGACCUUGAUGGGAAGAACCACAAAAGGCUCAUGGCUGGGGUGGGAAGUUCGAUCCUGUUUGACUUUAAUUUCAGAGAAGAGAGAGUUUACUGGGCUGACAUGCACACUGGGGUCAUCUACAAAGCCUCGGUGAGAGGAGCACACAGACAGAAACUGUACUCAUCUGACAAACAUAUCUCGGGCCUUGCAGUGGACUGGAUUUGGAACAGUGUAUACUGGACAAGUGGGGAAAAGGGAAAAAUCAAGAGAAUGGACAUAAAUGGGGAAAAUGAAACGACUCUUUUAAGACACUUGACCCAACCAAGUUCCAUAACGGUUGACCCCAAUAACAGAUUUCUCUUCUGGCUGUCUGGUGGGAUGACUCCAAGUAUCCAGAGGUCUGAUACGAAAGGUCAGAAGAAAACUACACUUAUUAAAAUAGCUGAACAACUGAAGGCACUGUCGAUUGACCGAGAAGAGAAAAGACUGUACUGGGUUCAGUUUGGUCUGCAAGGAGAAAGUGCCAUUGCCUCUUGUGAUUACAACGGGAAAGUCUUGCACAUCGUAGAUCAGCCACUUCGGUCGCAGUCACUGGGGAUAUCAGUUUUUCUAGAGCACUUAUACUACACUGACACUGCAUCUCGGGUUAUAAAACAAAUAAACAAGUACACUGGUGGAGAGCCGCUGAAUGUUAACAUAAAACCAAUGGCAAAACCUCCAGUUAAUAUUAUGGUGGUACAUCCCCUCAACCAGCCAAUGGCAGACUCCGAAUCAUCGUUUCCAGGUUGUGAUGAACAGAGUGGAAAUUGCGUGAAUGUGUGUUCCAGUCUGGCCGAGCAAGGGUCUUGUCGAUGCAGCGAAGGCUUUGCUCUCAGUAAGCAAGGCACUCAUUGUGAAGAUGUGAAUGAAUGUGCCCUCUGGAACCAUGGCUGCUCUCUUGGCUGUGAAAACAUCCCAGGCUCCUAUUUCUGUACCUGUCCUCAAGGAUAUGCCCUCCUUCCAGACAGGAAGACAUGUCAAGAGAUCAUACCAUGUGAAGGGAAUGUCACCAAGUGUGGCCAUGGAUGCCUGACGACAGAUGAGGGUGCAGUCUGUGUGUGUCCUGAGGGGUCUGUACUACGUGAGGAUGGACAGGCGUGUACUGGCUGUUCGUCUGCAGACAGAGGGGGGUGCAGUCAGCUCUGUACUCCUGUCACCCCAGGUAGGUGGCAGUGUGGCUGUCUGCCUGGCUACCAGCUCCACCAAGAUGGCAUGCGCUGCAUUGCUUCAGGACCACCACCUUAUCUACUAGUCGCAGAUUUAGUGGAGAUACGGAAAAUUCAUCCUGAUGGCACUGGAGAUCAAACUCUUGUGGAGGAGCCCAGAGGAACAAUCAUAGCUUUGGACUAUGACCCUGUCCAGAACAAUGUGUACUUUGCCAGUACAAGCCAGAAGACAAUUGAGCGGGUUGAUUUGAACACUGGCUCAAGAGACAUUCUUGUCUCUGAUGGUUUGGACUCUCCAGAAGGACUGGCCAUUGACUGGGUCCACCGCAGGAUGUAUUGGACAGAUAAAAGCCAGUCAACUGUUUACUGCAGUACCUUGGCUGGACUGAACAGAGAAACCAUUGUAAGCAAAGGGCUGGAAAAACCAAGAGGAAUCGCAGUUCAUCCUUUGGCAAAGAAGUUGUUCUGGACUGAUAUAGGCAGCCACCCUGCUGUGGAAAGUGCUUCUUUGAAAGGAAAAGACCGCGUCGUCAUUGCUAGCACCAACCUUGUGUCACCGAGCGGCCUGACUGUUGAUUUCACCGAUGACCGUCUGUUCUGGUGUGACCAGAGGAGGGGCCUGGUGGAGACUGCUGCCCUGGAUGGUUCUGAUCGACAGGUCCUGUUAGAGAACCAUGUAGGUCGGCCCUUUGAUCUUGCAGUAUUUGAGGACAGGUUGUGGAUAUCUGAUCAGGAACACCAGCAGCUGAGGAGCGUACACAAGUGGACUGGAAAAAAGCUGCAACGUAUCCAUAGCAACAUGGUCCAACCAGCAUCCAUUGUGGUGGUUCAUCCCCUUGCUAAACCAGGAGCAGAUGUUUGCCUCCACCUGAAUGGAGGUUGUGCCCAGGUGUGUGAAAGCAGACUGGGAUUUGCCCACUGCUCCUGUCUGUCACAUUACAUCCUAUCAGCUGAUGGAAAAAGUUGCAUGCCUGCUGAUGUUUUAAAAGGAGUAACAGAAUCUGGAGACAGUGAAUCAACGUCUCUCAGAAACAAAACAUUCAACGAUGAGAGCACAGCCCUGACAGCAACACCUGGGCUGUCCACUGAUAAAGUGGAGGCUAAUUUAGACACCGGUGUACACAGUGAGCCGACUCUCUCCACAGACACGAUGGUUUCAGACCAGAAUGAGUGUUACUCACUUGGCUGUGAUGUGAAUGCACAGUGCCUGAUGAUCACUGGUAGCCCAACCUGUUUGUGUCUGGAAGGUUUCACAGGCGAUGGACGGUUGUGUGUGGAUAUCGAUGAGUGUCAACAGGGAACGCACAAAUGUGACAAAAAUGCAGAAUGCCAAAAUACGUUGGGAAAAUACCUCUGCAAGUGCCCGGCUGGAUACCACAGCAAUGGAAGAGCAUGUGAAGCAUUUCAGACCACGUCGCCAUGGUUGACGACUGCUAGCCCUGCCGAUGUCACCACCCAGCCCCACAACAGUAACUCAAUAGAGAGUUGCCCCUCCACCCAUGAGUCCUACUGUCUGUACCAGGGUGUCUGCUUCUACUUUCCUGAAAUGGAGUCCUAUGCUUGCAAUUGUGCAGCUGGCUACAUGGGGGAGCGUUGUCAGUUCAGUGACCUGGAGUGGUGGGAGCUUCAGCAGGCCGAGGAGGAGAAGAGAAGAAACGUGGUCAUUGCGGCCUGCAUGGUGGUCCUCGUUUCCCUGCUCUCCAUCGCCGCUUGUGUCACCUACUGCUACGGAACUAGAAAAUUCUUCCAGAAACGUCCCUCGGUGGAUAACGUAAGUGAGACCAGCGUAACAGAUGAGAGCAUGUCGCAGUCCACUACGUCCAGUGUGCCUCGGUUCUACAUGAUGGUAGAAAAUGGUGUGGAAGGAAUGGUCACCCCUGCCACAGGCUGUCCCAGGAGAGCGGUCUGUCCGUCCUGCUCUUCAGAAACAGGUGAAAACUCUGCGCAUGAAGACUUGGGAACACUGUCCAAUCACAACCGAGCAUACGAGUGCUCCAUGGUGUCAACAUUUGCCAUGGAGACCGCCCGGCCCGCCCUCCAUGAUUCAUGUUCAUCACUGUCCAGCUCAUAUACUUGCACAACCUUUAAACCACCCCCUCCCUCCCAAACUCCCAGCUCAGAGUCCCCUGCUUCCUAGUUUACCAGAGAGACUGACACAGCUGUACAGCUAAACGCACACACAUACUGUAACAUGUGGCUGAGUUGUUUCAUUCCAAAAUAAAAAUACGUCAGAAAUUAAAAAUGUCAAUUAUACACACAAUUUAUUAAUAGCCAGCUAGUCUAUAAGCUACUGUAAAUACCUGUAUCUGGUAGAAUUAUCCAUAAUAAAUCAUGGGGUACAUAGAAAAAGAUUAAUGUGACAAGCUGUAGGGACGGACAUUUGUUUGACAGAGUUAAACAAAUGUCCUAACUAUUAUUUUCAUUUAAUCUUCUUAAUCGAUUAGUGGUUUGAUCCAUAAAACGUCCAAAAAUUGUGAAAAACAUUCUGUGUUUUCCAAACUCCACGACGUCCUCAAACUUAUCCAGAAACCAAUUUCAGAAGCUGAAAUCAUAAUUUGGACAUUUGUACACUUGAAAAAUAAUUCAAAACAAUGAAUCUAAAAUAUAAAAAUAGUUGCCGAUUAAUUUAAUAGUUGACAAGGAAUCAAUUAAAGGACUAAUUAAUAUGGAAUGAAAC